GCAUAUAUAGUUGUCAAAGAUGAUCUUGACAAAAUCUCUUGACAUCUGGCUGCAAAAUGUUUAUGAAAUGACUGCACAAAAAUAGGAAAAAUCAAAAUAUACUUUUGUAAAGAAAGGAAAAAACAAAACUGUGAAAGAAUCUGUGCAGACCAAAAGGAACUCCAGAAAUGAAGAAAAUAAGUUCCCACAAAUGUCCCCAGAUGCCUCCUAUGACUAUCUCCAUCCAUAUGUUGCUUUACACAUACCACUAUGGUAACCCCACACAGACUGUCUUUGCACAUGUAGAUUAUAAAGAUAUGAUCACUCAUUUUCCCUCUUGAAAAGACAUUGUACUUUUAAUGUUUCUCUAUUACAACUUCUAUCACAAUACCAAAACAUGUGUUCAUGAAAUUUAAAUUCCUUGUAUGUAUAUGUUGUAUGUUAUCAUAUGGGCCCUAUAAAGAUAAUUAAAUAAAAGAUACUUCUUACAUCCAUAAGUUGUACAGUCUCAGUGAAAUUAUUUCAGUCUCAUUGAUAAUACUAAAAUCUGUGUUGUAAAUAUUCAGUAGAAAGCAGAUGCUUGUUGCCUUCACAGUCUUUACAAUAAGGUUAACCUAAUUUGGAUCUAUAAAUGUGCUGUACAGUUCAAUGGAAUAAACACUUGGCUAGGAAAAUAUAUAAUCUUUAGAGUAAAGGUUAGCUCAGAAGCAUCUGUCAGAGUCCUGAAAUCAUUGCAUCAAGCAAUUCCGUGGCUUCCGCCAGUAGUCAGUAAACCUUCAGUAUGUAGAUUUUGGGACCUCCUUGGCAAUUAACUGUCAAAUUAAAAAUCAUUGUAACCUUUUUCCUCCCAGAGUAAAGUUUGUGGAUGCUAGUGUAUUUCUGAUACAGUCCUUCUUUAAAUAAAUACAAUUAUUUACAAACUGAACAAAGCAUUGUGAGAAACAUUUUUGGAUUGAAUAUCCAGUUCAUGUUAGUAAUCAGAAAGUUAUCAAAGGAACAGAUAGGGGAUUUGAACUCCAUUAACAGUGUGGACAAAUGAUUUUUAAUCCAUGUGGACACAAUGACUGAUAUUCAUCAUCAUCAUGUGUAUACAAGAAUUUAGCUGAGCCAGUUAGAAUUGAAUAGAUCAUUAUAUGACACUAUAUGCCAAUGUGGGGUCUGAUAAAGUUACUAGAUUUUUGGUAGAUUAUCUCAGUUUUUUUAUUUUUAGAAAUAAAUUGUGCAGCUAAUCUUGGGGACUUUUAUUCUGUCUUCCUUUUUGUUUAAAGUUAGUCUUUACUUAGUUUGCUGAACAUAUUUUUUUCUGUAGCUUAAGUAAAAUGUUUUGCAGAAUGAAAAUAAAAUAAAAAAAACUUUCAUCAUUUCUAUACUGUCAGACAGAGCAAAGGAAGACUGCAAAUCUUUAUUAUAAGCAACAUAUGAGUUUGUCCUCUCAUUAGAAUAAAUAAAGAAAAUGCAUUUAAUGUUAGCCAAUCACAAUACUGGAAAAUGUAUGGAAAAUGAGUAUAACUCUGAUCAUGGAGAGCAGCACACCAACAAUGUACUUUAUAUUAUUAUGUUAUAUGUUACUUUAUAUUACUUCCUGAAAUUAUGAAUGUGUCAAACAUAGUUGGUAAAGUAAUUAGAUGUAUCCUUUUAAUAAGAAAAGUUUAAAAUAUUAUAUGUGUUUCACUAAGCAGUCUUUUCUUUUCUGUAUGUUGUUUGAAUUAUGUCUGAACUUACUAACAUUUCAAAAAUUAUAAUUUGUUUAUACACAUAUCCAAUUUAUGCAUAGGUAACAGAAAAGUGAGAAGAUGAGUGGCCUUACAAAAGAGCAACUGCAGCGCAUGGAAGAGAAUCGCCAAAAGGCCUUGGCAAGAAGGGCAGCAAUCCAGGCAGCAGCAGGGAAUAGCAGCAGUAACCAGCCUGCAAAACCCAGUAAUUUCCAGCCAAUGUCUGGUGGUGGAGCUGUCAAGCCUUCCAGCAGUGCAGCUACACAGCCAUAUAAUAGACAGAUAAACCCGCCAGGAAACCCUUGGAAACCGGGAGGGCAGCAGAGUACGUUUUCGCAGAACACAUACCCAAAAUCAGGUCCCUCUAGUCAGAAAAGCCAGCCUGUCAGCAAUCAGACUUCAGUACCAGGGAAAUCAGCAUCAAACUUUUACAAGACCGGUCAGACAACUAUCAAUAACAACAUACAAUCUAGCAAGAGCAAUGCAGCAAGCUCCAGUUUCAGCAACAAUACACAGUCUAAAGCACAGAGCCAACCACCUGGCAACAUUUCAAAACAGACAGGUGAUGCUUCAGGAGCAAAACCUGUGUUUGGUAAGAAUGUCAAUGGUACCUUCCGACUGAUGUCCCGUGAGAGGUUCAUGGUAGAAGUUGGAUAUCAUCAACAGAUGAUAGAAGUCUUCAAGACAAUGACAACAAAGAAAUAUGAUGUUGAGACCAAAAGAUGGAACUUUGAACUGAGUGAUCAUGACAAGUUAGUUGCUGCACUUGCUCCUCUCAGACCAGCUGUGUGCAUCAGUCCUUUGCCGUUAUUUGUUCGCAAAAUUCUGAGAGCAGCUGAAACAGAAAUCCCUUCUUCUUGCGUUGACUUGUUUGGACUUGACCCUAAGCUGUUGGAUGCCUUGAUGCCAUUUCAACAUGAAGGAGUGUGGAACAUUGAUAAGAAUUCACUCUGCUGUAAUUCUAGUUAUAGCAAAUAUCUUCAUCUUGGUGCAGUUAGACUAAUAGAACCCAGUCUCAGAUUUAGGGGAAUUCAAGUGUACAUGUGCUCUUUGGGACUAAUUCCCAAGCAUUUUGCAAAAUCUAGAGGUUCAUAG